ACAACCUAAAGUCAAUUCUACAUCAGUCAUCUGUUUGCUCUUCAAGCUGCAGAUUUUCCACAGCUGAUAUAGUUUGACAGACGAAGCCCAAGUUUCAGGUGAAGUGGGCGUUUGAACGUCGCAAACAUGCUGGAUCACAUCCUGAACGAGUAUCGAGACUUUAACCCCAGCUUCUACCGCGAUAACGAAGAUUAUUCUCCGAUUAGCGAGCCCGUAUCACCUGAGCCCAUCCAGCAAUUUUCAAAGAAGUCCACUGUCAAAGAAAUGCUGAAGCUGAGACGCCAGCAAAUGAACUCUGACCCCAACUUCACAAGUGGAAAAUGCGACGUUUUCCCCAACAUCUCAAGCCCCCAGAUGGCCUGCCUCACACCACCCAUGACCCCCAAUCCCGCCGAGCAGUACCCCGUUUCCCCUCCUGAAACCGUCUACAGUCCACCCACACCUGAAAAGACUCCCAUGACUUUAUUCCACUGGCAAAUCCAGCAGGAGGCUAAGAGGCUUGAGAUGAUGCCCCCCGAGCUGGUGAACAGGCAGGAUCCAGACGGAGACACAUAUCUUCAUCUUGCUGUAGCUCAAGGCAGGCGGGCUCUCUCCUAUGUCCUGGCAGCAAAAAUGGCCGAAUUGGGCACCUUGGAGAUAAAAGAGCACAAUGGCCAGGUAGGAGAAAAUCUUCUCUGUUUCUGUGCAUUUUACUCUCAUAACUCGUAUUAUAGAAGCAUGUUUUCUGCCCAGACGGCUCUCCAAGUAGCAGCUGUCAGCAACCAGCACUUGAUCCUUCAGGACCUCCUGACCCACGGAGCUCAGAUCAACACCAUGGACAUGUGGUGGCGCUCUCCUCUGCACGUGUGCGCCGAGAGAGGAUACUAUCAGUGUCUUCAGGGCAUCCAUAAGGUCUUAAAAGAAAGUGGCCAAACAUUUGACAUUGAAAAAAUAAACUAUGAUGGUCUGACUCCUCUGCAUCUGGCGGUUCUGUCUCACAACGCUGCUGUUAAACAGAUGAGGGAACUGGAAAACCCCUGUGAGUUUAGGAUAAGAGAGCUGGAGCGGAAGAAGAACUCCUGCAUGGAGAGCAUCAGGACGCUCAUGCUCAUGGGAGCCUCCAUCCUGACAAAGGAAAUGAAGAGUGGGCGGAAUUGUCUACAUAUGGCGUGUGAGGAGGCAAAUAUGGACCUACUGUACCUCUUCCUCUGCCAGCGAUCAUACCGGUCUUUCAUUAACAUUAGGACGUACAGCGGAAACACGGCGCUCCACAUCGCCUGCUCCCUGCCGAACACCAAGCACCAGGUCGAAGCCGUCAAGCUGCUGAUGAGGAAGGGCGCCGACCCGAGAGCCCGAAACUUCGAGAACGACUUCCCGUCUCAGCUGAUGCAAGACGGAACAGUCAGCGAGAAGGUGCGGAUGUACCUGAGGGCAAAGUAUUUUCAUCAUGAGUGAAGUUUAAGAACACUGUCAGUUAGACAGUCGAGUCUGUUAUAUUAUUUGCCCCACAAGGGCAGAUACUGGUUGUUUCAGUGAAACAUUGCCAUUUGUUCAUUACCAAGUAAUGCUUACAAACUUUUUUUGAAUUGUUGAGAAUCAUUGUACCACGAGGAAUCAAAUUUCUGUUAAAUCUGUUGUAAUUUUUGUACAUUUUUAAUUUUUAAAAAUAUAUAUAUAGUUUGUAUUAAGUCCCACUCCGAUCAUGUUAUAAAAACGGUAUGAGGAUAAAUAUUAGUGUAAAUAUUGCCAUUACAAUAUGAAUUGCGACACAUAAAUGGCGCAAAAAACCCACAUAUCAAUAAUAACUUAUGUCCACUUACUUGAAACUAUUUUUUUAAGAUAAAAGUGAACAUAACUUAACCUCCACAUGACUCACAUCUACAUAAACAUUUAACAUAAAAGGCCUCAGCACUCAACAUGUUAAAGUUACGUUUAAAAGUUUAAAUAAUUUCAUUUUUUUAUGAAUUUAAUAAAGGUUUGUCAUAUUCGGCUGAGUAUCGCGAUCACUAUUAAUUUGCAAUUUUAUUGUGCAGGUCUAGUUUUUUUUAUGUCAUAUUUAGCCAAAAUCUCCAUAAAACAUCUUCAUUUUCAGAGUUUCUUGGCAGGAAUUUAUUACAAAAACUUGUUGGGACGGAGUAACCCCGCCCCCUUUUCCCCUCCC